GGAACAAGCGCAGAACAGGACAAUCGCUUCAGCAACAAACAGAAGAAGCUGUUGAAGCAGUUGAAAUUUGCAGAAUGCUUAGAAAAGAAGGUGGACAUGAGCAAAGUAAAUCUGGAAGUAAUCAAACCAUGGAUAACAAAACGAGUAACGGAAAUCCUUGGAUUUGAAGAUGAUGUAGUAAUUGAAUUUAUAUUCAACCAGUUGGAAGUGAAGAAUCCAGAUUCCAAAAUGAUGCAAAUCAACCUGACUGGUUUUUUGAAUGGGAAAAAUGCUAGGGAGUUCAUGGGAGAACUGUGGCCACUGCUGUUAAGUGCACAAGAAAACAUUGCUGGUAUUCCCACUGCAUUUCUGGAACUGAAGAAGGAAGAAAUAAAACAGCGACAGAUAGAGCAAGAGAAACUGGCUUCUAUGAAGAAGCAAGAUGAAGACAAGGAGAAGAGGGAUAAGGAAGACAAAGACAACAGAGAAAAGAGAGACAGAUCCAGGAGUCCAAGAAGACGCAAAUCAAGGUCUCCUUCCCCUCGAAGGAGGUCGUCGCCUGUCAGAAGAGAGCGGAAGCGCAGCCAUUCUCGCUCCCCUCAUCACAGAACCAAGAGCCGUAGUGCUACUCCUGCACCAGAAAAGAAAGAGGCGACUCCUGAGCCAGAACCCUCUGUGAAACCAAAGGAGACUGUUGUUCAAGAGGCAACUUCAAACAGUGAUAUCCCAAAAGCUCCUAAACCUGAACCUCCUGUACCAGAGACUAAGGAAGCUUCACCAGAACGUAAUUCAAAGAAAGAGAGGGAGAAGGAAAAGGAGAAGACUCGUCAAAGAUCCCCAACUCGGUCCAAGUCAAGGUCAAGAUCUCGUUCACGUUCUCCAUCUCAUUCUCGACCAAGAAGGCGUCAUAGAUCACGGUCAAGAAGGCGACCAAGCCCGAGACGACGACCAUCUCCAAGGAGAAGGAGCCCUCCACGGCGAAUGCCUCCCCCACCCAGGCACAGAAGAAGCAGAUCCCCUGUGAGGCGGAGAAGACGGUCAUCAGCAUCCUUAUCUGGCAGUAGCUCUUCCUCCUCCUCCUCACGUUCCAGAUCACCACCAAAGAAACCACCUAAAAGAACUGUAUCCAGUCCUCCUCGGAAAACACGUAGGCUCUCUCCUUCUGCAAGCCCUCCUAGGCGGAGGCACAGACCGUCCCCACCGCCGAGUCCGCCUCCAAAACCACGCAGGUCUCCAACACCGCAGCAGUCAAAUCGUACAAGAAAAAGCCGUGGCUCUGUUUCACCUGGCAGAGCAUCAGCACCCAAACAUAAGAGUACUGAAAAAAGAGAAUCUCCUUCGCCAGCACCAAAACCAAGGAAAGCAGAACUGUCCGAAUCAGAAGAAGAUAAAGGAGGUAAAAUGGCUGCAGCAGACUCUGUUCAACAGAGGCGUCAGUACAGAAGGCAGAAUCAACAGUCUUCAUCUGAUUCUGGCUCUUCAUCCUCAUCUGAAGAGGAAAGACCUAAAAGAUCCAACGUGAAGAAUGGGGAGGUUGGUAGACGCCGACGCCAUUCACAUUCACGCAGUCCAUCACCGUCUCCACGAAAACGACAGAAGGAAUCUUCCCCUCGUAGGAGGAGGAGAAGUCCAUCACCACCCCCAGCCAGGAGGCGACGCUCUCCUUCACCCGCCCCGCCUCCUAGGCGGCGGCGCUCACCUUCAUUACCUCGUCGAAGGUCUCCAUCACCACCCCCUCGCAGGCGCUCACCUUCUCCACGGAGAUACUCUCCGCCGAUACAGAGACGAUAUUCUCCUUCACCACCACCGAAGAGAAGAACGGCUUCACCUCCUCCCCCACCCAAACGAAGGGCAUCGCCUUCUCCACAGUCCAAACGCAGAGUCUCCCAUUCACCACCGCCAAAACAAAGGAGCUCGCCAGCUGCUAAAAGGCGUUCACCUUCCAUAUCUUCCAAGCACAGGAAGGGAUCUCCUCCCAGUCGGUCCAAUCGGGAAACGCGUUCUCCACCACAAAACAAAAGGCAUUCACCUUCACCACGGCCUAGAGCUUCUCAUACCUCUGCAAGCCCACCGCCACCACGACGGGGAGCGUCAGCUUCACCCCAGAGAAGGCAAUCUCCAUCUCCAAGCACUAGACCCAUCAGGAGGGUGUCAAGAACGCCAGAACCUAAGAAGACAAAGGCUUCCACGCCAAGUCCACGGUCUGCGAGACGGGUGUCUUCAUCACGGUCUGCAUCAGGAUCACCUGAGCCAGCACCAAAAAAACACCAAGGACCUCCAUCUCCUACUCGGUCUCGUUCCCCUUCUGCAAACUGGUCACCUGCAAAGAAGGCAAAAAGCCCAACUCAGAGCCCAUCACCUGCAAGGAAUUCAGAUCAAGAAGGGGGUGGAAAGAAGAAGAAGAAAAAGAAGGAUAAGAAGCAUAAAAAGGAUAAAAAGCACAAGAAACACAAAAAACAUAAGAAGGAGAAGGCGGCAGCGGCUGCAGUAGCUGCUGCUGUGGCUGCGGCAGAUACCACCUCAGCACAGGAAGACCAGGAACCAGAGACAGAACCCAAAAAGGAGACAGAAAGUGAGCCAGAAGACAACCUCGACGAUCUAGAAAAACACCUGCGAGAGAAGGCACUGAGGUCGAUGAGGAAGGCGCAAGUGUCACCACCAUCCUAGGCUGAACCCUUUGAUAUAAUGUACAUUUUAUUUGGUUUGUACUCAGAAUUCAAUUUCAAAUUGCUAAAUGUGUUUGAGCUUUAGAAUAUAACAUUUGUUGUAAUAAUUGCUAGGUUGAGGUUCACCAUGUACAAAGGGCAUGGAUUUACAUUACAAGAGGUGUCCACAGUGUACUAGUGACAUUCUUUCAUUGACAGUCAACAUAAUUUCAUUUAGAGUGAGGCUUUUUAGAAGCAGUAGGAAUUUGUUUUGAAGGGUUUAAACAUGACCGUCAGUUCCCUGGUUUCUUUGAAAUCCAACAACGCCCUUAGCAUAACUUGUGAGGGUCUCAUUUGACUUCUUUAGUAUCCACUUACAUUACGCUACUAACCUUUACGGUUUGUAAGCUUGCCCAGAAGUAAAACCACUGCAGAAUGACCAAGGAAAUCCAUAUUUUAAUGCUUUCUACUGUUGCCUGUAUAGUCUCCAUUAAAGCGAAUCCAGAAUAGCAAUUUAGAAUGGUACAUAAAUGAAAGCAUGUUGUUUACCAGGACACUGUGGGUUUAUAUUGAUGUAACAUGUUGAUUUGGAACACUGGAAUUUCAUUUGUAUUUUUAUGUUCUUUUUUUAAAGGGCAGUUUCCAUGAUCAGCAGUCCCAGAAAAAAAAAAAAAAAAAGAAUUCCUUCAGUUACAUAAAUUUUGUUUGUGAGAUGUCGUUGCCCCAUUCAUAAAUCUUGUCUCGUUAUGGUUCUUCGGAAUGGUGUGAGCAACUUUCAGAGAUGUGGGCUUUGAAAGUUUGAGGAACCUGAACUUUGGAUAUUGUCAUGUUUUCACUGUUUUUUGUUUUUGUUUUUUUAACUAAAGCUAUAUAAAGCUUGUGGAUUAAACAAAAUAAAUUUCUAAAUUUAAACAGA